AUGGCAAUCUCCUUAGCGUCGUUGCAAAGCUGGGUUCUUCUGCCAUUUUUCCUCCUGUUCCUGGCCAUCUAUCUCAUCGGCUACUUCAUCGUUUUCCGUAAACGCAAUCCCAAGAUCCGAUCCGAAUUCACCAGCUGCCUGAUCUCGCUCUUCCACGGCACUCCUGCCGCGCUCCUCGGCAGCGCUGCUCUUCUCACAGACACCCAGCGGGGCUUUGCGGCACCCAACACGGCUUUCCAGAAACUGGUUCUUGAUUUUAGCGCCGCCUACUUUCUCAUGGAUCUACUCCACUACCUGGUGUUUUUCCCCAACGAUGUGCUCUUCAUUGCGCACCACGUUGCCACACUCUUUGUUGUCCUCACGUGCCGCCACGCCGUUUCACAUGGUGCCUUCUCUGUCCUCGUGCUUCUCGUUCUUGCUGAAGUCACCAGUGCGUGCCAGAACACAUGGACCCUCGCCGGUGCCCUCCGUGGGGAGGACCCUUGCGCGGACAAGCUUUAUGAUGCGCUGUCGCCGCCGUUUUACACGGUUUACUCUGUUGUGAGAGGUUUCGUUGGACCCUAUUUCAUGUACCGGAUGGUGGUGUUCUACGCGAGUGGGGGUGCGAGUGGGCUUGUUCCUGUUUGGGCUUGGAUUUCUUGGGUUUUGGUGGUUGUUACAGCCAUUGGGGUUAGUAUCAUGUGGAUUUCUAAUCUUUGGGUUCAAUUCUUUAGGGAAAAAAGGGAUAAAUUAUUAGAGCAGAAAAUUAAAUAG